AUGAAAGUAGCCAUUCGUCAAAUGGCCCUACUGAACGUGCUGAAUCCCUGUCAUUUCUUUGCCAAGUACACUCCCACUAUGUGUUUCCAUUGUGACGUGCGUUACACCUAUGUCGUUAUUGGGGGUCUAGGUGGAGUUGAUUUAGAAUUAAGCGACUGGUUGGUCCUGAAGGGUGCAAGAAAACUAGUUUUAAGUUCGAGAUCGGGUAUUCAAACUGGUUACCAACAGCAAAGAAUACAUAUUUGGACAUCAUACGGCGUCGAAGUUAAAAUUUCUAUGAAAAACGUAACCACUGAGCGAGGAUGUGAAGAUUUAAUUAAUGAAGCAACUGAGCUUGGACCUAUCGAUGCUAUUUUUAACUUAGCUGUGGUCCUUACAGAUGCACUAUUUGGAGAUCAAACUCAAGAAACUUUCGAAACUUCGUUCGCACCUAAAGCUCGCGCUACACUAUAUUUGGAUCGAGUCACUAGGAAAUUGUGCCCAAAACUAAGGUAUUUUGUCAUAUUUUCGUCACUAUCUUGUGGUCGUGGAAAUCCGGGUCAGAGCAACUACCAAAUUCUGCUAUGGAACGAAUAUGUGAGAACCGAAACCGAGAAGGAUUACCAGCUGUGGCUAUUCAAUGGGGCGCAAUCGGUCGGUUUGGCGGCAAAAAUGCAGAAGGAGAAUAAAGAGUUAGCGUUUGGUGGUAUCGUUCAACAAAAAAUUUCAAGCUGUCUUGAGGUGCUAGAUGUCCUGCUAAACCACAACUAUCCAGUUGUUUCUAGUAUGGUAGUUGCCGAAAAACAACAAAAAAAUAACAUUCUUAGUGCAGUAGAAACGGUUGCCUAUGUUUUGGGAAUAAAAGACUUGAAAAAGAUAAGUCACACUACGACAUUUGGGGAACUCGGUAUGGAUUCGAUGAUGGGUGUAGAAAUUGUUCAGCUUUUAGAAAAAGAUUUUGGAAUCUACUUAACAUCUAGAGAUGCGAGAAAUUUAACAUUUGCAAAAUUGGCUGAAAUGGAAGAAGGAAAAAUGAACAAAUUUGCAGAAGUUUUAGACAAAAAAACAGAAGAGGGCGAAAAUUUGUUCAUUCAGUAUAUUCCCAAUCGCGAAACUGUUCAUUUGCCUGCUGUUAAAUUAAAUAGUCAUAUAGACUCAGACCUCGAAGCUCCAAUCGUGUUCGUAUUACCAGGAGUGGAAAGCAUUUUCAAGCCACUGGAAUAUUUGACGAACACAUUAAAAGCACACGUAGUAGGAGUACAGUACAGUUAUGACAAUCCAGAGGACUCUAUUAAAGAAAUUGCACAAAACACACUACCGCAUAUAGAAAAUUAUUUAUCCAGAGACAGCUCCUUCUACAUUAUUGGAUACUCAUUUGGAACUCUAGUCGCUCUAGAAAUGAUCAGUUUGUUGGAAGAAAAGGGCUAUACUGGUAUCCUGAUUUUAAUCGACAGUUCACCAGCUUAUUCAUCUUCUUCUUUAAAAAAACACUUCGCGCAUGAAACGGACGCCCAAUUUCAAACCGCUGUUUUGAUGAAAAUCUGUACUCUUUUGAUUCCGUUAGAUGUAGUUUCGCAAUAUGAGGAAAUGCUGAAGUGCAAAAAUUUUGAAGAACGAAUCGAUUUGCUUUUGUCUUUGAUACCUCUCAAAAUAAGAAACGAAGUGAAUUUAGAAAAGCAAGCUUGCAUCGCACUGUAUAACCGUUGUAAAGCUGUGUUUGACUAUACGUUUGAAAAUAAAAAAAUCCAGUCGUCAACACAUCUGUUCAAGGCAAAAUAUCCCAUGGUUGACGAAGCAGAUGAUUAUCAAUUAUCAGAAGUAAGCGAUAAUGUGGCACAAGUGACUGCAAUAGAUGGUGACCAUGUAACAAUUUUGAAAAGUCCAGGUCUUGUAAAAGCUGUUAGCAAAAUAGUGGUACUAAAACAAUAG